AUGCACUGGGUGCGGCCGAAGAACAAAGUGUAAUUCUAUUGUUCGCAGUUUUCAUUUAUAAUAAAUCACACAGACGAUGUGAUAUUUUUGUUAUUGAAAAAUAUGUGUUGUGCAAAGUUAUUUGUAGAUAUGCUGUUUUGAGUGCUCUUUAUAGUCUGCGUACUAAUUUGGAUUUCCCAGGGACAUUUAGAUUAAACCUACUUUCGUUUUAAGAAAUUGCCACCAUGUUUUGGUUGGCUGUGAUAAUCUUAGUUGCACCUAGCUGCGUGCAUACACAAUCGACCGCUCAAACGAAUGUAGCUCCGGAACUAAGAGAAUGUUACACAGAUCCAACACUGGUUGACAAAAACAAUCUACCACCGACAACAAUGUCUGUUCUAAUAGACAUUAUUCAAAAAAUUGAAGACAAUCCCAACGUCUCAGAUCUUGUUGAUUUGCGACAGCUAAGUGUUUUAUUGCUACAGAGAUAUAGACAAGACGGUAUAGAAUAUCAUCAGCCAGAAAGUACCGUCGCUGCAUCAACGAAUGUACUGCCUUUUGCACCGACAUUUCAUUCCUUCUAUCGUAACAAAUUGCUGCUAAGCCGAAUCCUCCCAGUAAAUUUGCGAAAUUUGGCCAAUGAUACUGUUAAUUCUACUUUAAAGUGUGCACUUCAUCGCAUGGUGUCCACUACAGUGGAUGCUCGCGUUCGUGGUGAUGAAAACAAUUGCAACCAAUUGUCGCAGUAUCGAGCACUUCGGACUGCUCGCAGCUUGAGAGAUCAUUUACUUAAAGAUGAUUUUGAAAUGUUGGAUGUAGCUGCAUUAAAUUCGGCGAAGACAAAUGGCCAAAUGAGGCAAUUCAAUCCUAAUGAUGAAGUUGAAUUUUCAAACUAUAACCAUAAUGAAUUGUCUGAGCGUCAAGUAUUGGUACAAAGUCAAUGCCCGUUAUUGGAUGGUGUGGUAAGUACUCGAUGGGGGGCAGUUUCAGCGGGCAAUGUGAUCGCAGGUAUAGCGGCUGGAGCGCAACCUCAGACAAUACCUAUCACAGAAUUGGCAAAGGGUUCCAUUAUUAACCAGCCCAACAUUCAAUCAUUCGUGACUGCGUUAUACCCGGCAACGUUAUCAGGAGACUUAGCUGAGGCAGUUUUAAUUCAAAACACAGAAAGAGGUAGCCAAACAAUAUCUGUUGGCACUGCUGGUAGCUGGAAUUCGACACAAGCGCACAGAUUCUUCAUGCUUCAAACACCAAACGGACUCAAUAAUAUUGAAAUGACAGAUCCUGAAAUUCGCGGUGAUAUUGAUGGAUUUGUUUUAGGCAGUACCAUAACUACACUUUUACAGAGUGUCAGUUCAAUAAGGUUAUCCCAAGUUCUUGAUAUGUACUAUACCGCAAGGAAUGGUGUAUUGGAUCCUGCACGAAGAGCUUGCAAUCGUCAAACUCUCAGUCAAGAAGUAAUUCCAUACGCUACCCUGGCAGCAGAAACUUUAGCGUUUACUGCGGCAUUGGAUACAAACAUGCCUCUACGUGGUACAAUCAUCGGUGGAUUAGAGCAGCCUGUUAAUAGUGCUGUAUCUAAUUUCCAAACAUAUGCGAGAAGUAACUUGAAUGAUCUUAACUGUGCUGAAACGGAAGUUAACACACAUGACUUUCGAAUUAAAACGAAUCUCUACCUCGUUGUUGAUGCAUCAUGGCAAUACCAAACAAUCUAUCCAGCUAUUUCGUAUCUUCUUGACAAAAUAGAAGUUGGAAAAUAUGGAUCAAGUGUGACAUUACUUAAUGCCUUUGAUGGAAGUAUUCAAAUCAAUAAAACUUUCUCGUUAGCAGAUUUUCAUACUGGAUAUACAAUGUUAACGCAUCAAUCAAUGUUGAGUGGAGUUAAUCUAGACACUGCUUUUAAAAAUAUUACCUUAAUGAUGCAUAAUGAACUGGAUACUGAAAGAACUGCAAAUUACAUUGGCGGAAACUCUACGGUACUACUGUUUCUCAUAAACUCUGGCGUUCAAACUAAUUCUGGUAUUGUGGAUCAAGCAAGAAUCUUAAACGAAACUGUACCAGAUUUAAGAAUUUUGUUUGCUACUUCAUCGAAUCAACUCGACGCUCUGUGGCCACUAGUCCGCGAAAUGCAUAAUGACGUUUUAACAAUAUCAUUAAGUUCCGAUGGCACUAAUGUUGAACGCAAUAUGAAUUCUGUACUUUCAAGGAUUGAGCUUGUUGGACGGAGAAUUUUAAAUCCUGCAUGUGGAUCAAAUUACCCUGACGGAACAUCCGGGCGACUCCAAUUUGUCGAUUACGUCGAGCCUGGCUAUAUAAAUUAUUAUUCUAUAAGCCCUAAUUAUUUUCACCUAAAUAAUGACAACAGAAGAGUUCGUAUCAGUCGAUCUACUGCCGGUGUAGGAACUAUGGUGAUUUGCCAGUCAAGAACAUUGAGCCAACCUAGACAAACAAAUACAAGCGUGGGCUCAGAUACAAGCGAUGUAACCUGCCAGACAAUGCCAAGUUCUGGUACUCGUGAAGUAGAGAUCAACUUGCGCGGUGCCUGCGAUGAACACAGUCCAAUUAAUUCUUGUCAAUUCUUCCACAUUUCUGUGCAGUCAGUUUUACCCAGCAGCUCCGUUGCUACAUAUUUUACGGAUUGCACAGAACGUGGUUGCAGAUUUCCAUACAAUAUCAGAUACCAAGUGCAAAUAGAAGAGUUUGGAUGUUUCAGCGGCUGUGGUAGCACGACAAUCAGCCUGACCCUGUUACUUUUAGCAUUUAUCUAUAACUUUCUUUAAAAUCUGUAAACUACACCUACUGAAUUAAUGUAUUUAUACUUAGUUAACGUAUUUUUUAGUUAAGUAGCAUUUAAUGCCAAUGAGUGCCUAGCCCCAUAUGUUGGUAUUUUUCCAGGAAAUCGCUAAACUACCUAGCAAGAUUUUUUCUGAUUACGAAGGUUACUAUAAAAGUAAUAAUUACGGACGGACGGUUACAGUAAUAAUUAUAGUAGGUAAUAAAAACGGACCAAGCAGAUACCAUCUGAUAGUAAGUGGUCAACCAUCACCUGUAAACAGAAUAUAUGGUAUGCACAUAACAGGUCCUGCACGACAAUCAACCUGAGGCAUAAGUCUUUAGCUUCGUGUUAAUUAUAUCCGUUUAGGUUACCGGUUUUACACAGGUUUAGGUUAAUAUUUUAUUGUUUACAAACGAUUGAUGGUAUUGUUGUAAAUGAUAGGAUGGGGUAGGUAGUAGGUAAGAGGUGUGUUAGUAAAUAAAUCCUAUGUAUUAAUUUUAUUGACACAUUAAAAAAAAAACCAUUGAGUAGUUUCAUAGAUAAGUAUCAUUAUGAAUUAUUCAAAAACCUCGACAUAAAAAAUUUGUAUACCAAAAAAAAUAGAAUCAGCUCACACGUCCAUCUAACAACAUUACCGACCCGAAGUCCUUAAUACCACCUCAUUUCUUUAAUUAAUUAUAUCCUUUAAAAUUCGAAAGAUAUGUAAUGCACAGCAGUGAUUAUGGUACCUAAUCAAUUUUAAUUUAAAACCACCAAGUACUUUUAAAAAUAAUUUAUAAGAUAGUUAUGACACGGUUGAGAACCUAAAUAUUUUACAUCCCUCUUUAAAACAUCACAUACAAAGUCAUUCGUCUGUGAACUAGUCUUUAACAUGCAGGGUAACUAUGUGCAUUCUCUACGGCAGCAUCGACAGGACGCGACGUACACAAAAGAUGGAAUAUUAAUUGUAUGAAUGCUAAGGAAAAGAAAAAU